AUGAAUCGGCAAUGGAUGUACGGUAACCGACUCUCCCGCGAGUUCACUACGGGUUUGAAAGAUUUCCUCGUAGUGGCUAAUGCGAACAAGCAGAAGGGUUUUGUUAUUUGUCCAUGUGUUGACUGUAAGAAUCAGAAGGGUUACUCUUCCUCAAGAGAAGUUCACCUGCACCUGCUUCGGCACGGUUUCAUGCCAAGCUAUAAUUGUUGGACCAAGCAUGGAGAAAGAGGGGUUAUAAUGGAAGAAGAUGAAGAAGGGGAUGAUUUCAUGGAUGAAAGCUAUCUUGCUCAUUUCGGUGAUACUUUCAUGGAGGAUGCUGAAGGUGAAGGGGAAGGUGAAGGGGAAGGUGAAGGUGAAGAAGAGGCACGUGAUGAGACCGUUGAUGAUCUUGGUCGGACCAUUGCUGAUGCACGGAGACGCUGCGAAACUGAAAAGGAGAGGGAGAAUUUGGAUCGCAUGUUAGAGGAUCACAGAAAGUCGCUGUACCCCGGAUGCGAUGAUGGUCUGAAAAAGCUGGGCUGCACACUGGAUUUGCUGAAAUGGAAGGCACAGGCAGGUGUAGCUGACUCGGCAUUUGAAAACUUGCUGAAAAUGUUGAAGAAUAUGUUUCCAAAGAAUAACGAGUUGCCCGCCAGUACGUACGAAGCAAAGAAGGUUGUAUGCCCUCUAGGUUUAGAGGUUCUGAAGAUACAUGCAUGCAUCAACGACUGCAUCCUCUACCGCAGUGAAUACGAGAAUUUGAAUGAAUGCCCGGUAUGCACUGCAUUGCGUUAUAAGAUCAGAGGCGAUGACCCUGGUGACGAUGUUGAGGGCGAGAAACCCAGGAAGAGGGUUCCCGCCAAGGUGAUGUGGUAUGCUCCUAUAAUACCACGGUUGAAACGUCUGUUCAGGAACAAAGAGCAUGCCAAGUUGUUGCGAUGGCACAAAGAGGACCGUAAGUCGGACGGGGAGUUGAGACACACCGCAGAUGGAACGCAAUGGAGAAAGAUCGACAGAGAGUUCAAAGAUUUUGCAGCUGACGCAAGGAACAUAAGGAAGAACGUGUACCUUGGGCAUCGUCGAUUUCUUUCGAAAAUUCAUCCAGUAAGAAAGAAAGGCAAGCAUUACAACGGCAAGGCAGAUCACCGGCCGAAGCCUGCGGAACGCACUGGUGCUGAGUUAUUUGAUAUGGUCAAGGAUUUGAAAGUCAUCUUUGGAAAGGGUCCUGGCGGACAAUCAGUUCCGAAGGGAGCUGACGGGCACGCAGCCAUGUGGAAGAAGAAAUCUAUAUUCUGGGAGCUAGAAUAUUGGAAAGUCCUAGAAGUCCGCUCUGCAAUCGACGUGAUGCACGUUACGAAGAAUAUUUGCGUGAACCUCCUAAGCUUCUUGGGCGUGUAUGGGAAGACAAAUGAUACAAAGGAAGCACGGCAGGACCAGCAACGUUUGAAAGACCCUAUGCAGGCCGACCAGAUUUAUUUGAAGCCCAGUUGGCCGGCCAGAUUUGUUCCGAUAUCUGUCUGGCUGCUGCGCCUUCGUGCAGACAACAGUCCCAUGCUGCUGUUCGAGUGUGAGUUAAGCAUGGUGGGACCGCAUAGGAAAAGGACUGCUAGUGCUCCGGCAGAGAAGGUCCCACUCAAGAUAGCGAGAAAUCUGAUCACUAGUUUUCUCGCUGAUCCUCCUCAGGCACCCUCCCAUGCUCAGCCUCAUCGAGGAAGAGGUCGAGUAAAAGGUGGACGUGGAGGAAAGGGUAAGACAAUUCCGUUCCGCCCUUCCUCGGCACCGCCUGAGGAGGUGAGGUUGGAGGAGCCGGUGUCUCACUCCCCCUUGCCCGAGGACGAGCCGGUGUCUCACUCCCCCUUGCCCGAGGACGAGCUGGUGUCUCACUCCCCCGUGCGUGAGGACAUGACAAUGUCUCACUCCCCCGUGCAUGAGGACGAGAUGAUGUCUCACUCCCCCGUGCCGGAGGACGAGAUGAUGUCUCACUCCCCCGUGCCUAAUGACGACGAGGAGGAGGAUGAUGGUUUAAUUGCAGUUCUUGAGGAAGCUGGUGAUGAGGUGCCGGGUAAGUGCCGACACGCGAACGGCGUCAUUGGGAUCCUCCUUAAGGAGCAUUUCUCUGGCAUGGUUACUUUGCCAGGGGAGGGCAACGUUCCGGAGGUAGCACGAACUUGGGAACACUACAAAGCCUGUGAGGAUGUUGGUACAUUCAACAACAUUGAGGUUCACAACAAAGCCGAGCGGGUCUUUGCCGACAUUUGGGAUUUCUAUAGAUGCGAGAAUGGAAAGUUGGAGGAGGCACAAGUGAAUGUCAACAUUCACUGUAAGAAGCUUGUGCGCAAUAUGCUCUAUGAUGCGCACAUUAUUGCCGUCCGUUCUUAUAAGGCAUCUAAGGGCUAUAAGAUGGCUACUAAGACACCGGCUACGAAAAUAUUUCUUACGAAGGAGGAGUACAUGAAGUGCCUACUCGAGGAGAAGUUGAUAGUGGAGAGGCGACGGGCGGCUGCGGAGAGGGCGGCAGAGAGAGCAGAUGAGAGGCGACUGACAGCUGAGGAAAGGGCGAUGGAGAGAGCGGAGGAGAGGCGACUGGCUGAUGAGAGGACGCAGCAGGCGGUGUGGGCAUAA